UUCUUCCAUGUUGCAGCUCAAAUGUUAAAGACAAAAGCUGAAGUAUAAUGUGCCGUCGUAGACCUAACCAAUGCCACGGUAUUCUCAAAUAUUUGAUCUCCACAUUGCUGUUAAUAUGGAUAAUAGGCUGUCAUCGGCUCGCAACACAAAAGAGAAACUUAGAACUGUACGCUGUAUUGGCAGUACAUAAUGCAAAGAGAUGGGUAAGAUACUACAACAUUGGUAACGAUACAGUUGUUCUACCUCGGGUUUUGCAUACUGAUCGAACGGGAAGGUCAGUUAAUCCAUCAUUCAUUGGUACGUACGUUGUACAAGGAAAUGGUAGAGCUAGAUCACCUUACACCAAUGUGACAGAUUCUAUUAAUGUAGUCGGCGACGAUAAUGGUGUUACGCAUUUUGUGUUAUAUUUGAGUGAAUCACAUGAUGGAAGUCAUGGACAUUGGACCAGACAUUACGCUGCCAAUCAACCAGAUACGGGGAAACCUCAUGAUUAUGAAAACAGUAUCUGUAGUGAUCUUGUGGCCAAUGUAGUGGGACUUAAUGAAGACACAGCCAUAUCGCAAAAAAAUGAUAGUGUAGUCCCUGAAAACGAAGACUUAGAAGAGGCUAAGCCUGGGAGAGUUACAGAAGAGGAUAUCAUUAAAAUGAAAGCAGCAUUGGCAAUGGAUACUACACUGGGCAUAAACUUUGUAAAGUGUAUAGAAACGUUACAAACAUCACCAUAUUGCACGGUGUCGCCACAAACUAUAGCAUACAAUUCAGUGCUAUCAGCAGCUGAAAGAAAUGCUAAUGCAAGCUUAACGUUGGCUGUCAUGGACGAUAUGCGUAAGAAGGAAAAUGUUAUAGAUGGAGUUAGCUAUAAACUGGCAAUUGUAACAUGCGCUAAAUGCGGAUACACAAAAGAUGCACUCGAUUUAUAUGAGGAAAUGAUAAGAAAUAAGCAUCCAGUAGACCACGGUGUUAUGCGAGCACUAAUGACUCCACUGGCAAAAGAAGGGAAAGCCAUAGAAUGCCUUAGCGUCUUUAACGACAUGAAAGGUCUAGAUAAAAUCGCACAAGAUGGAGAUACAUUCUUACAAAUACAAGAUUAUAUCAAAGCUAUUGAAGCUUGCUCAAAAGCACACAUGUAUGAUGAUGCAUUGAAAAUGUAUAAAGAGUUACGAAGCUCCAAAAUAUACAAAACUAAUACGGAUCUUAUAACCCAUGUAUUAGAGCUUUUUAACGCUAUGGGUAAUAGUAAUGAUGCAUUGGAACUGUAUGCCGAAUACUUAGAAGAAGGAAAUACAAUGACUCCAUAUCAAUACAAACUUCUCUUGACAACUUUGUUCAUGACAAGAAAAUAUAACCAAAUUGAAUCAAUAUACCAAAAUAUGAGGCAAAAUGCAACUGAUAUCGACCAAAACAUAUACCAAAUUGUACUGGAGUCAUAUGCUAAAACGGGACAUUAUAAAAACGCAAUGGAAAUAAUAAAUGCCAUGGAGUUAGCAAAAAUGUUGAAAGACUCAUAUUUACCGUUUAUCGCAGCAGCAGAAGCAUGUGAGCAAACAGGAGAAUGGAAAAUAGCAUUACAAUUGCUAAGAAGAGCUAAUGAACACAAUAAAUACAAAUCCAUUGAAAUGUACAAUACCGUCCUUGCCGUAUGUGCUACUGCAGAGGAAUGGGAUAUAAUGGUAUCACUUUACCUAGAAAUAGAAAAUGUGUGCAAGCAGACAAGAGAAGUUACCAAUGGUUUUGCCCUAAGCGGCGACACACUCGCUUAUGCAAUUAUGGCAUACUUUUAUAACGACGAAGUCAAGCAAGCUGAGAAUCUACUCCAAAAACCAAUAAAAGAUACACCUUUACUAAUGAAAAUUAGGAAGAAUCUUCAAACUCCACAAACCGGCUAAUCACUAUGACAGCUU